AUGGAGAUGCCCAACAAUAUGCCAGGCGGCAUGCCUGGCCCAGUCAACAAUACCAUGCAGCGGCCUCAACCCAACAAUCCGAACCAGCAGAUCAAUGCCAAGAUCAUGGCCGACCUGCGAAACGGCUUGGCCUCGCUACAGGGCGGUUGGCAGGCCACCAUGAAUGUGGGCGAACGCACUGUUGGCAUCAUGCAGCUGUACGAUGCUCUGUAAUACCCCUCGGUUGUCCAAAACUUCGUUUCCCGCUGACUGAAUCGUAGGUUUACCAUGCUUCGCGGCCUCAAUCAGCAGAACAACCCGUGGCAGUGUCUUCAUAUUGCACAGCAAUGGGAGCGGCGGACCAUCCUCAACUCUCCCAACAAGGAAACCUACUAUGCGGAAAUGGACAAGAAGUUCCAAGAGAUUACGGCCAAGAGGAAAGAAGCCUCCAUGAACCAGAUGAACUCGCAAGGCGGUGGAGGCAUGAUCCCCAACAUGACGAACCCAGGCAACAUGCAAACUGGCGCCAUGAACAUGCAGAACGGCAUGGGCCACGUCGGUCCGUUCCCAAAUCGUGCCGCUAUGGGCCAGUCUGGCCAGAUGAACGGUGCCCAGGCCCAGAAUCCAAUGUUUCCAGCACAGCUGCAGCGCCAGAUGCAACCGUCACCACUGCCUCUGCAGCAGCAGCAGCAGCAGCAACAACAACAACAACAACAACAACAACAACAACAACAACAACAACAACAACAACAACAGCAGCAGCAGCAGCAGCAGCAGCAGAGCUCCCAACAACAGCAACCCCAAGCACAGGCGCAGAUGCAAGCCCAGCACUCUCAGCAACCUCCGACGACCAUGGACCCUUCCGCUCUGCAAAUGCCGCCCCAGCAGCCGGCACAACAGCCACAAGGACAGAACAUGAGUCAGCCAAGCCAGUCUCAGCAACCAAACAUGAACCAGGGCGGCCAAGGCCAGCCCCCGACGAUACAGCAGCGGGUUCUUGCGGUCGCACAGAAGCUCCAUGAUAGCAUGCCGGAAGAGCAGAGGAACGCAAUGCGUCAGAAGCUCAUGGCGACCAUGUCCGAUCAGCAGCGAAGAGAGCUCAAGAUGGAUCCGGUCAUGAGGUUCUUUGUGGCCAAGGCGACACAGCAGUUCACUGCUCAAAACAGGCAGCAGCAGCAGCAGCAGCAGCAGCAGCAGCAGAUGUCGGGUGGUGCCGCAAAUGGCCAGCAGGUCAAUCAGGCCGCGCCGAGCGGAGGCAAUCCAAAUGCACAAAUGGGCAAUGGACCUCCGAGGCCGCCGUCGCAGGCUGAUGGACAGAGCAUCGACUUCUCUGGCAUCAUGGGUCAGCAGGCGAAUGCUCUCAAGUCUCAGGAGUCCGGCGAACAGGUCGUACCGGCCAGCAAUAACAACAACAUGGGUUUCGGCGGACAAGUAAACAUGUCACAGGGCGUUAAUCCAGCGAUGCUCGGAAACCAGGGCAAUCAGGCGAACCAGAACACUCAGAACAACCAGGGCGGUCAAACAACACAAAAUAACCAGCAAGGCGGUCAGCUUGGGAACGGCACCAUGAACCAGAGUCAAAUGCAGUUCUUCAUGCAGCAGCAACGAGAAGCGCAGCAGCGAGAACGCAUGCAGAAACAAAUCAUGGCUCAACAACAUGCAAUAGCAUCCAGACAACAACUACAAGGACAACCGGGAGGUCUCCACACGCCGAAUGCCUUCAAUGGAGGGCCCAAUGGCCAGGUGAACAGUCCAGCGAUGUCUAUGCUCAACCGUCCCAUGGCGCCACCAGGUCAGACAACUCCUGGCACGCCGCAGCCAAACAGACAGCGGCCGACGCCUCAGACACCGAUGGCAAAUGAUGCCAACCAACUGGCACAGCACCACCAGAACAUGCUCGCACAGAACAGCCAACAGCAGCAACAGCUGCAGCAACUACGUCAAGGAGGUCAGGCGCCACAAGGCUUGAAUGUCGACGCUCUCCUCGCACGGGUCCCUCCACAAUAUAGGGAAAAGCUAGCUAACAUGCCACCGGAACAAAUUGCAGCCUUUGUGCAGAAAUGGGAGGCCAUGGGCUGGCCACCGCUGGGGCCGUUCGGGUUGAACAAUCCCAACAUGGCACAAAUGCAACAGGGCAAUCAGCAGGGCCAGCAGGGUAUGCCUGUGCAGCCGAUGGGCAAUGCCAUUCCUGGAUUCAAUGCGCAGCCACCUGCCAACCAGGGUGCGAUGAACAAUACACAACAGCAAGUCCAGGCGCAGAUCAGGACUCAGCAGGGUAUCAGACUGAGGACGCAGGCGCUGGACUCGAGGCCGUUCCCGAGGUCGAUUUUGACCCAGCUGAGCAUUGCAGCACCGCCCCAUGUCCAGACGUGGGGCGAUCUCAAGCAGCACGUAUCGCAGAAUCCGCAGGCCGCCACUGUCGAAAAGGUUCAACAGCAGCAAGCAGGAUGGUUCCAAGCAAAUCCACAGGAGUACGCCGUUGCAAUGCAGGCCAUUAUGCAGCAGAGAGCGCGCCUGCAACAGCAAGCCCAACAAGGACGGUUAGGCCAAGGGGGACAGCCUCAGCCUCCCAAUGCUCCGCAAGCGGCAGGCACAAUGCCCGCCCCACCAGCUCAAAUGGUGCCUCCCAGACAGAUGAUGCAGCAGCCUGCGGGACAAGGAAUGCCCGCGGGAUUCAAUAUGGCCCAGCUGCAGCCGUCUCCUCAGGAGAUUGCAGCCUUUCGCGCCAGAUUCCAGCAAUUCCAGGCUGCCAGCGAUGACCAGGUCCGCUCAAUGCUCGUCGGUGCCAGAAUCAAACAGAUGAGACAGCAGCAACAACAGCGUCAACAGGCGCAGAAUGGUCAGGUUCCUGGCCCGCCUAACCAACAGAUUGGUGGUCCACAACCCAACAUGCAAAACGGGGCCGCGCCUGUCCCACGAAUGCCUCCUGGCACUCAGGGCCAACCUGGAGCACUAGGCCAGCAGCAGCCAAGUUCGCAGUCCAACAACGACAUAAUUGAGAUUUCCAGCCAGCCUGCCGCCAAGGCUACUCCACAAGCGCCAGCUAUGCAGCCCAGCCAGUCACAACAGCAAGCACCAGCGCAGCGACCAGCCUCACGCUUGUCACAGCAGGAGCCAGUUGCAAAAGCCCCCGAGGGCCAGAAGCAACAACAGCAAUACAUUCAAAAGAUGGCGCAGCAGCAAUCAGCACAGAUGGAGUCCAUUCGAAAAGCUCAGGGCCAGAUGGGGGCGCAAACCCAUCAGCCUGCACAAGCAGCCUCCGCAAGCAAUCGGCCGGCCAUGCCUCAACCGCCGAGAAUGUCUCAAGCAGAUCAGGAGCGACUUGGUAGGAUGAAUCAGGAAGUGGUCAGGGAAAACCCCCGAGGACCGCCAGUUCAGAUUGACAAGGCCGGCAUGGACCGCAUGAAGCAUAUAUUCAAGAAGCUCUGGAAUCCCCUCAAGCACCUGCCAACCACUUUCCCCGUUGCGCUGGCCUACGGAUUCGAGGACAAGACGCUCAAGGACGUAAUGCGGGCGAGACUCAUUGUGCACCAGAACAUCAUGGAUGACUCUGGUAGCAUCAAGGAUUACCUCUCCGUCACUCCAGAGCAGCUGAAAGACAUUGAGCGUGCUGUCGUCACCUAUAUGACAGAGCUCAAAAUCCGCAAGGAGCAGCACGAUGCGCAGAGGCAACAACAAACCGCCGCUGGCUCAAAAGUGCCUCCCACACAAGCCCAGACAGGCAAGGCCCAGGCCGCUCCGAUGGCCCAAAGCUCAUCACAGCAGAACCAUGCGCGGAAGAACUCGAAGCCUCCUCCAGCGCCCACGGAAAACAAGACGUUCGACUGGGCUGCUCCGAGCCCUCACGGAGUGCCCAAGUACGAACCCGGACGCAACGAGCUUACUCCCGACAAGCUCAAGUUCCCGCCACAGAAGAAGCGGAAGACGGAUCAGUCGACGAGCCAGGCUUCAACACCAGCAGCCCAAGUAAGCACGCCGGCGGCAAUGGGAGCCAGCCCAGCGCUCGUCAACGGCAAGAUUCAGAGCCCGGAGCAGACCAGAAAAACACCAGCACAACUCAAGGCUGAAGCUGAGAGAGAUGCAGAGCAGAGGAAAUUCCGCUGCAAGGAUUCGACAUGCGAUGCUUCUCUGCGCGGCUUCGAGACUGAGGAUCAGCUCAAACAGCACGAGCAAUCGCAUCAUCAAGUUAUCGAGAAUCCGCUCAACUUCCUGCUCGACAAUGCAGCAAAUGCGCUUGGCGUUGACAAAGAGGGCAACGCGCUCCGUGAGCCUGGACCACCGCGCAAGAAGAUGGCUCCCGGAGCAUCCGCGAAGCGUAGAAUUGCGACGGCUCGAGAUCUCAAGAAAGAAGAGCUCACCAAGCUGGAAAUGGAGCAGAUCAACCGCGGACUGACUCCGGCAAGCGUCAAGAGCAAGAUUGCAAAGAAACAGGCUGAAUUUGACGCGGCGACCCAGAAGGAUCCUGGCAAGGAGAUGACUCUAAGAGAGCACAUGUCGCAGAAGCUGGACAUUGCUCUGCCGGCAGAGCCAGCGACGGAAAACGUUUCACUCAAGCCCGAAGCCGUGGAGUCGAUCUUAAAGCUGGACAAUGCCGAUGACGAAUUGGUGACCUGGGAGAAGCUUGCUCAGAAUUACGCAGAGGGAUGGAUACCCAACGAGAUGGAUCACGACGUCUGGGAGUAUCGUCCCAGCGAGUCCAUCUAUACCUCCGACCCUGAGCUCACGCCCAACGGCAGCGAGAUUUCUCAGGCCAGUCAGAGCAGCGACGUUUCUCAGAGCGACGCCAUGAAGUUUGUCAUCACCAUGGAGAAUUGGGAUGCGGACAUUUGGGGUGACGGCAGCGGUGGUGCUCCGGAAUCCUUGAUCCCGCUCUACCGACAGAUCAAAGACAUGAUGAAUGAGGAUGGAGAUGCCGUCAUGGGCGGCAUGGCCGAUGGUGGCGAUUCCCCUCACACGAGAAAGAGAAAGGCCGAAGAGGCGUGGGAAUUGCCAGUGCAAGACGCGUGGGACGAGUUCAUCAAUCAGUCCGCUUCGGUUUGA